AUGGCUGCUGCAGAAAUGAAGUUACCUAUUGUAGAAUCUGACUAUGCUGACAGAGUUAUAGAUGUAGGAACAAUCACCCUUGGAGAGGAGGCUAGGAAAAACAGGAAGGAUCAUCAACUGAACGCUCACGAGCGAGUAAACCUGCUAAGAGGUUUAUCUGCUUCACUGAAGGGUAAAGUGGCACUACUCACAGGAAAAAUGAAAAAUGAAGGCUAUGCUUAUGAACAUGGAAUAGGACAAGAUUUGGAACAGGCUUUUGGAAAGAUUGUGUCCGAUGUUCACAAUCAUCUUGAUUUCAUGGUGAGAGGAAGCACAUUUUGGUUUUUUGUGAAGUCCAGCCUAUGUGAUGGGGAGUAUGGCACCUUGAACACUCAUUUGUACCGAAGGAAUAUCACGUGUACAGACCAAAUGAAUGAGAGUGCUGCACUCAAGUUCCUCAAGGAACUGAAAAGAACUGGAGGGAGAUCAUAUUCCCCACCAAUAUUGCCAGAAGACAGGGCUUGUACUGAUGAGAGUCACAAUGAAGCAGUUGCUGCCAAAUUUUUUAACAGUAAAAGGCUUAUACAAAAGGAACUGUUCCACGUUACUGAAUCCACUAUACAAAAUGGACAAUUCCACAUUACUGAAUCCACUCAUGUUGAAAUUAAGACAUUCAGGACAGAAAAGUGGUUGCAACGCAUUAAAGAGAUGCUUCCUAAGUAUGUUUCUGCCUUUGCAAAUACUGAUGGUGGCUACUUGCUUUUUGUUUUAAAAGAAGACACAAAAGAAGAAACGGGCUUUAAAGCAGAUAAGUGUGAUCUCCUCACAUCAGAAAUGUAUAUAAAACAGACCAUCAGGAAACUGCCUGUCUAUCACUUCUGUAAGGAGAAGAAGGAGAUAGAUUACACAUGCAAAUUCCUUGAAGUCCAUGAUGAGAACCGACUUUGUGGAUUUGUCUGUGCAAUCAGAAUAGAAAAGUUCUGCUGUGCUGUGUUUGCUGAAGACCCUGACAGCUGGCAUGUGACAGAUAACUUCGUGGUGCAGAUGACUUCAAUGGAGUGGGUCGAGUUCAUGAUGCAAGUGUUAUCAAGAAAGGUGAUAUAUACUCCGAAAAGCAUCUAUAAGAAACUGUUCUUGCAACAUCAAGGACUUCAACAAUUAAUACAUAACAAAAUAGAAUCCUUCAGAGACAUUAUCCUGUUCUCCGAGAGCUUGUCUUCAGACCUGGGCUUGGAAAAGGAGGAAGACGUCAUCUGUGAUGCUCUUCUAAUCCCCAUGAGGAGUCCACCAGUCCUGUGCACCAUCUUCAUGGAAAAAGACAAGACAGGAGACGACUCUACAAGGUCGGUGCGAGCAAAUCAACUAAAACUCUAUUGUAAACGAACUGCCCAGACUUUAAAAGAGAAGCUGCUGGUGACAUUGUAG